AUGUGGUUCAUUGGGGAAAUCUUUUUGAAAUUUUUUAGCCCAAAAAUGAGGGGACUUUUUGCUGCGUUCGCGCUCAGGAAAAUCGCUCAAGAAAAGAGAACGCACGAUAAGACGUACAGAAGGAGACAGCGAGGCAAGAUCUACAAGUCUGUGAUAGGUAACAGGCCACAGGCAAAUGCAAUUGUGCUUGACAAGCUGGGAGUGGAGGCAAAGCAGCCUAACUCUGCUGUCAGAAAGGUCUGUCGUGUCCAAUGCAUUGGAACUGGAAGAACGGUCUUUGCAUUUGCGCCUGGAGACGGUGCAUUGAAGAUGUUUGACGCUAACGACGAGGUAACCAUUCAGUCACUUGGUAGAAGCGGCAAGUCUGUAGGAGACAGGCCUGGAAUCAAGUACCAAAUCAUCAAGGUAGCUGGUGUGUCACUGAAUGCCAUUCUGAGGGGCAAAAGGGAGAAGCCAACCAGAUAA